AGCAGACAGUGGCACGCAUCUCAAAUGCAACGUCCCAAGUAAAAACGGACUCCAAAAUUGGGGUAGGGUGUAAUUUGUAUGGUGGAGAAAAGGGUGCUAACAAUUCUGCCUAUAAUCUUAUUAAAGAAAUUUAAUUUGCAGGCAGCGCUACACUACCACAGCACAGGCUCGGUGGUGGAAAUGAGUAACCCCUUCAGUGUGAGGGGGCAAUGACUGCCCUCACAAUACGUAAUCCACCGGCUAAAGCCGAUUGCGGACUUCACGACGCGGUGACUGAGCGAAGAGCAGAGCGAGCGGCUGCGCGUGCCCGACGUGCACUAACAAGAAGAGGACAGCAGCAGUGACGGCUAAAUGCCUGCGUGAAUCACAUGGACCUUAGCACGGCACUGAGUCGGAAAAGUCAAGCAGCGACUGGAAGUGAGCAGCAAUUGACAGAAAACUCAUGAAAGUGCGACCGCCUGCCUUCAUCAAAUCGACGUGAAGGCGGCCAACGUCCAUCUCCUAAAAUCUGGGAGCCUCUCAGCGUGUCGUCCUGUCCUGAUUCCCAACCGUAUUCGGAAAGAAGUGUGAACAUGCGUGUCCAGAUGGAGCAGGAGACUAGCGUGCAAAGAAAGGGAAAGGUCUGUGAGGUGAAGAAACGAAGAUAAACAAGUAUACGUCAUCAUCAUGCGACGAGGACUCCUGACUCCGCCCGCUCACCCGUAGAGGCGUCGUAUUUGUCAGUAGCAACAGCUUUACGAGUUCCCGAUAUUGGAGUCAGAUGGCUUCGACUGGCAUGACAGGCAAGUGACUGCAAGAAGGUGAGAAAAGAAAGUAAAGAGGAUGACUGAGACGAAUGUCGUUAUCUUCCCAGUUUACAUGGUCAUGCCGCUAGGUGUCUGAUGGCCUCCAGACCAGGGCUACCCAUGUGAGAAGGGGGUCUUAGAAGAGAAAAGCAGACACUUGAGGGGGAGAGAAGAGUUUCACACGGAACAAUGGCUUCGGCCAACGAGCAAGUCGUGGAUGAAAAACUGGCACACGUUAAACAAGAGGACUGUGAGUGGGGCGCACCAGCGAAUGUGUGUAUCAAACUGGAGAGCUGUGAAGAAAGAAUUUUGGUCUUUAAAGAGGAGGAUUCUGAGGACAAGAUUUUUGAGAUUAAAGUUGAGGAAUCUGAAGAUUCUUCAGUUAGUUUUGAACUGGGGGAUUUGUUCCAGGAAGGUAUUUGUGAAAAUUCUCAUUCCAGUUCACAGCUCUGGACCGCUGAUAUGGGGCAACUGGCAACCAAGCAGGAUUCUCUAGAACUGAAGUCCGAGUUUUCCGAGUUUGAAGAGAAAAUCACAGAAGGAAAUGGAAGAGAAGAAGAGCAGCAGGCAUCUAGAAGUGCUGGAAUAAAUUUCCGGGAGAAUGGCAGCUUCUCCCCAUCAUCAUUUGCUCAGGCCUCUCUUCAAGGCAGACUACAAGGUAACCAGGACAAGGAGAAGAUGAAGAAAUCCACAAGAGGCUCAGAGAAUUUGACCUCCGCCUCUUUGCAGUGUAUCUCCCUUAAUACUGCCAAACUAACCCAGAGAGAAGCCAUCAGUACUGAUCAACAACAAAUGUAUAAUGCGGAUGAAGAUGCCUUGCAGGCCUACAGAAAAUGCAGAAAAAUGUACGACAGCACUUCUGACUGUGAAGAUUAUGAAUUGAAUUAUCCAAGACAGAAGUCAUAUGACUGUUCUGAAUGUGGCAAAUACAACAGUGGUCUUAAUGGACACAUGAGAAUUCACACUGGAGAGAAAUCGUAUUGUUCUUCUGAAUGUGGGAAACGAUUCUUACAAAUAAGCAGUUUUCAGAGGCACACUGGAAUCGACUCUGGAGGGAAGCCAUGUUGCUGUUCUGAAAGUGGAAAAAGAUUCUUUGACAAUAGUGCUCUUCACCAUCACACUGAAAUUCAUUCUGUAGAGAAGCCAUUUUGUUGCUCUGAAUGUAGCAAACGAUUCUCAAUACUCAGCCGCCUUCAAAGGCAUGCAAGAAUCCACACUGGAGAGAAACCUUUUGGCUGUUCAGAAUGUGGCAAACUCUUCUCUGAACGCAGCACUCUCGAGGCACACACACGGAUUCAUACUGGAGAGAAGCCUUAUUCCUGUCCUGAGUGUGGUGUGCUGUACUCCAACCGCAGCAGUCUUUAUGAACACAAAAGAAUUCACACUGGAGAAAAACCUCACAGUUGUUCUGAAUGUGGCAAACAUUUCUGUAACAGCAGUGGUCUUAAGAGACACAUGAGAAUUCACACUGGAGAGAAACCCCACUGCUGUUCAGAAUGUGGAAAACGUUUCUCUCAAGUAAGCCAUCUUCAGACCCACAGACGGAUCCACACUGGGGAGAAACCUUAUUGCUGUUCUGAAUGUGGGAAAGGAUUCUCGCAAUUAAGCAGUCUUCAGAGGCACACUAGAAUCCACAGUGGAGAGUAGCCAAACUGCUGUUCUGAACUCUUAAGGCGCACACACAAAUCCAUACUGGAGAGAAGCCAUUUUGUUGUAUUGAACAUGACAAGUAAUUUACCCUUUACAGAAGUCUUUAUGAAACUCAAAGAAAUUCACAUGUAAGGGAAAGCUUUGUGUUGUUUUGAAUGUGGGAAACAAUUCUCACUAAAAUGCAGUCUUCAGAGGCAGACAAGGAUCCACACGGCAGCAAUGGUUAAACAAUUAUUCUGCCAGACAAAGAAGGAAGCUGUCACUCAUGUGGUUGCCGGUUUUUGAGGAAGUGGUGGCAGAAGGCUUACAUGUGCAAAGACACAAUAAAUUUGCCAGCUUACUGCCUUGAAAUAUAUACAAAAAGUACACCUUGCUAGUAGCACGGUGCAGAACAAAUAACUCAAAAUAAGCAGGUGUAAGUCACUUGGGACAGACCAGUAGCAAGGGACAGUAAAUCUGAUGUCAUAGCUGUCAAAGUAAUGAUAAAGCAUGAAACAUUGAGGGGUCAGUCCCAACUUUGAAUAAAAAGACAGAAAACAACCAAAUAUCAAGCAAUACAAUCUGAGAAGAGCCAGAUGUGGAGUAAAACAACUGAGAUUGAUCCAGUGGUGGUGAGCUCAACAGGCCUUACCGAAAAAAUAUCCAGGUUCAUCUAGACUCCCUACCGAUUACCAUCACUCUGUAUGAAUUCCAGAAGGAGGCACUAUUAGAGACAAUGGCAGCAAACCUAAGAGAAUAAAAACAAUAACAGGGUAAAAAUCACUCUAGAAAUACAACCACACUUCAGGACUCAAGAGUGAGGUUCACUCCUAUCAUAAAAGUAAGCAAACUAAACCAUUGUUGGGAAUUAGAUCCAAAUAAAACAAUCCUUUAUGUUCUGAAUGAGGUAAAUCAUUUUCUGACAAUGGUCCCCUUUGGCCUCAUACACAAUUUCAUAUGGGACAUUAAGAAGGCUUGAAGGUGUAAGUUAGAGGGGUAAAGAAGAAGAAGAAAAACUCAAAAAGUCCCUCGCCUAACUACUAAAGUCCCAGUGAGUAUCGUCCCAUCAGGGCCGUUCUUAGCAGUUUGGAGGCCGUAUAGGGUUCAGAAAUGUGCAGGCCCCGGAAGUGGGGGUUAGGGGGAUGGUGAGGUGUUCUAAUAAAACAUUCGGAAAAGGCCUUAGAUGACCAGUAG